CGUGCUCUGUUCUCCACGCUCUUGGUCUGAUAAGAUAAGAAUCCAUGUGUGAUGAAUCCAUGUGUAAAAAUGAUGUCUCAUGCUCCCAGAAAACUUGGUAUUGUCAUUGGAAUAUGAAUCAGGGAAGAAAAAAUUGUCUCGGUGUUAAUAAUUGAAACUUCUAGGAAAUAAACAGUACUCAGUAGGAAUGGACGCUAAAGAAGAGGUGGAGAUUUGCAGCAACUGCAAUAAAGAGGUGGUGAAGACGAACCUCCCCAUGCAUGAAGCUCACUGCCAGCGGUUCCUGUGUCUCUGCCCUGACUGUAAAGAACAGGUUCCCAAGGAUCUGCUGGAGGAACAUCGACAGGAACAACACACUCUGAUCAAAUGUAAGCAGUGCAACAUGAAGAUGGAAAAAUUCAACCUGCCAGAUCAUGAAUCAUACGAAUGCACAAAGAGGAUGCAGAGUUGUGAGUAUUGUCAGCUGUCUCUCCCUUUGAACAUAUUGGAGGAACACGUCGUGACCUGUGGGAGUCGAACCGAACGCUGUGAACACUGUAACCAGUACGUCAUCCUUAAAGACCAGCUCCAGCAUGCUCAGAUCUGCAUCAAUGAAGACUUACAAACUAAAUCCAUUCAUGGAUAUGUAAAGCCAGUGAACUCUCAGCAAGACAUUGAGCGUUAUGAAUACGUGAGGAACUCUUCGAAAGAUCAGACUGACUCUGAACCAAAAGAUACAAUCCUGUCGCUGUCUGAUCUGCUGAAGAAGAAGAAGAAGCAGAAUGAUAAUCUGGGUUUUAAAAUAGACCCAGAUCAGAUCAGCACCUGUCCAUACUGUCACCUCGCUCUGCCAGUAAACACACUGCGAUGGCACGAGGAAAAAUGCAGGAUUAUGGAAGGUCUGAGAAGGAUGAGCGAGGCAACGGAUACGAGCGGAAAGAAGUGAGAAAUAAACCUGUAAGUGCUUGACGUGCAGAAACGCUUUCAGAAACACAGGUGAUGACAUCAGAACUGAAAUGAAUAAACAAGCAAACAAAACAAGUCUUUCAGACAUCUGGAAAAAUCAACCAAAGCUUUUGCGAGCAUCAUUAUUGUAUUUGAAAUGUAUGAUUUUUUUUUUCCCCAUAAAAUUUUCUCUUUAUUAAAUGUUUGAAGAAGCCAUGGUAAACUUUGAUUAAUAAAAGGAAUGAUUGCAAAAACUAUGUAGAAUUUUAGAUAGAGAGCAUGUUAAUGUUUUUGGAAAAGGAAUUAUUUAUCCAUGUUUUAAUACCGUGAAUGAUGAAUACAGUAUUUAUUUUGAAUAAAUAUUUUGCCCUUUUUUUAAUAGCUUUAUCAAUUGGUAAGAGUUUCAUUUAUUUUUUAUUAGAUAGAUAGAUAGAUAGAUAGAUAGAUAGAUAGAUAGAUAGAUAGAUAGAUAUUGUAAUACAUAUAUUUAUUUUGUUUAACAAAUGAAACUCAUGCCAAUUGAUAAAGCAAUUAAAAUCUUCAUUCAUUAUAUUUAUCUAUUUGUCAAUUAAUUAUAUCUAUUUGAUUGAUAGAUAGAUAGAUAGAUAGAUAGAUAGAUAGAUAGAGUAAUUGAUACAAUAAAAACCGGUAAAAAAAUCAAAAAUCUCAAACUAAAGCCAUGUAACUUUUUGUGGUAGAUGUUAUUGCUGAGCUCUUUCUCUGAACCGAGCUGUGAGUCGAGCAUCUAAACCGAUUCAUUGAUUCGCGCGCGCGUGCGGAAGUUUUGUGAUUCUUCUGGGACACCGAGAUACCUCGGCUUUUCUUUUUUAAUCCUUUAUCUCCAAUAAAUGUUCGUAUUUGUGUUUGGUUGAAUUAAAGAUAUGGAUGAAUGAAUAAAUCCGUGCUUCCUCUUUAAAUGCUGAGCGAACAGCGAGGCUAUUAGAAGACAUUUACACAAAUAUACACCGGAAACAAGUGCUAUAGGCUACUAAUAUUUAUUUACAAAGUUCUCAUGCUGUUAUUAUUCAAUAACAAAUCAAUAAUGUAGCCAAAACUCAAUCCGAGUAAGUUGUGAAGAUAUUCAGGGCGAAUUCAGGCUAAAUCAACCGGGGCUCAGACUGGAAGCCUAUACAGUAGAUGAGCGUUUCCCAUCCUAAAGCUUUAUUAAUGACACUAAUGAACACUGCAGGCUUUACAGCACAAUUAUAUCAUAGCACUUGUUUAUAAAACACACGGCAGAUGGACACAAUCCUGAAUGAUGUACAGAACGUGGCACGGAUUCAGAACCGAAUCAGAACGCGUUGUUUACAUCCGAACAGAAAAUAACUAACUCGAAGUUCUAGAUUUCAGCUAGUUUACCGACGACGUUUUAUACAAAAUGUCUCACUAACGUUUUUGUGACUUUCUUGCUGAUAUGAACAGGAUUCUUUCUGGUAUAAGUUCACAUUCGAGUUGUGGUGAUGUGUUAAGACAGCAGCCCCUUUGCCCACAACCAACAGCCCUGGGUGGCACAGAAGAACGUGACGUUAUGGCAUCUGAAGAAAGUAACGAAAACCGCAGCACCAGCAAAACCUUUGAGAUUUUUAACACGAAAAACUACAGGUCUGAUUAUCCUGAUGACAGCCGUGCACAUUGUUCUAAGGAUUUAUUUGCUAAUCAUAAACAAUGCCAAGACAGGAAGGAUAAGAAAAUUGACAGAUAUAUAAAAUAUUUGGCUAGGAUAUAUAAUGUGGAGCCUGUAAACACAGAACAGAUAUCCCUCUGUACAGAAGGAUCACGUAAAUGGCAAUCCAAUGACGACAUCCUUAAAACUCUGACGAUUAUUCAAAAACAAUGGUACAGCCCUAGCAGUCCCUAUGGAAAUCUGAUGGUCAGUCAAACAAACAGUGAGUCAAGUUGUACUGAAACUUUGCCCAGCGAUCGUACAACAUGCAGAGAAGGCCGUGAAGUCGAGGAAGAACCUGUCUUUGUUCAGCAGCCUGCAAAACAACGAAGUCUUAAAAAGAAAAAGAAAUCUCCACGUGAAAAUGACAAUGACGAUGAUAACCACGAAACCUGGGAAAUGAUUCGCCAACAAAUUUACAGCCCUAGAGGUUCCUAUGGAAAUAGGAUGGUCAGUAAAACAAAUAGUGAGUCAAGUUGUACUGAAGCUUUGCUCAGUGAUCGUACAAGAUGUAGAGACGACCGUGAAGUCGAGGAAGAACCUGCCUUUGGUCAGCAGCCUGCAAAACAACGAAGUCUUAAAAAGAAAAAGAAAUCUCCACGUGAAAAUGACAAUGAUGAUGACAACCACGAAACCUUGGCAAUGAUUCGCCAACAAAUGUACAGCCCUAGCGGUCCCUAUGGAAAUCGGAUGCUCAAUCAGCUGGAACCUUCAGAUUUGGCCUCUUCCUCCUUUGCACACAAAGGAAGUGACAGAGACUGAUGUACAAAUGAAGAAAAGCAAGAAAAAGCAAUCUUUCCAUAAUGACUACAAAUAUUCUGCCAUUUUCAAAAAUGUAGCCAUGUAAAUUAAUUAGUGUAGAGGUAAAUAAGUCUGAUAGGAGAAGCUUUUUAGGACCUUUAGUCAUGAAAAAGGUAGGAGUGGGAAAAGUGCACAACCACAAGCAACAACCACAGGAGGCUCUAAAACGACAGUCUAAAUGUACACGGCUAAAGAAGUGCAGUUAUCAUAUAACCAGAAUUACUAUUUGUAGUUAUUAUUUGCAACUAUUACCAUUUCAUUACAUGUACUCUAAUUUAAUCUAAUCUCAUCUAAUAUAAUGUACACUAACCUAAUCUAAUCUAAUCUAAUCUAUAAUGCAACAUGUCUCCUUGUACUAAUAUUUUGAGUCAAGGUUCAGACAGCACCAGAAAGAAGAUACAACCCUGAAUGUACCUCGAUUAGCUCUUCAGUAGCUGGAUUAGCUCCCUGCCCAAGAAUCGAACCCUGGCUGCAGACCACAAGGCUUUCUAUCUCAUAUAAUAAAUAAUAUUUCAAUAAAAAAA